AUGAUUACAUUCACGCCUCUGUCCGGCGGUGCGAAAUCGACGCGCACGACGCCGCUCGCGUACCUGCUCCAGGUUGACGACGUUCGCAUCCUGCUCGACUGUGGCUCUCCGGAUUGGUGCCCAGAGCGCAGCCCCUCCUCCUCGGCGGUCACCACCGAGAGCUUGUCCUAUCCAUGGGAUGAAUACUGUGAUGCCCUGCGCGAAAACGCGCCUUCCGUUGACCUUGUCCUGCUGUCCCAUGCGGACCUUGCUCAUUCGGGACUGUACGCUUACGCAUACUCGCGAUGGGGUCUAAAAGCGCCCACGUACACGACACUUCCUGUGCAGGCCAUGGCUCGCGUAGCCACACUAGAAGACGUUGAGGGCGUACGAGACGAGGAAGACGUCGACCCACCGGAGCAGCAGGACGAGGAUCAGGCAGAAGGGGACGGCGACGAGAAGGCCUUCGAAGGGGAGAAAACGAAACCUGUCCAACGAAAGACGCGCAAGUAUGUUGCCACCGCGUUCGAAGUGCACGAGGCAUUCGAUUCGGUUAACACCCUGCGGUACUCCCAACCGUGUCAUCUCCAAGGCAAAUGCCAGGGCAUUACCAUCACACCUUUCAACGCCGGCCACACCCUCGGUGGUGCCAUAUGGAAAAUUCGCUCCCCCUCCGCGGGCACUAUUGUCUACGCCGUCAACCUCAAUCACAUGCGCGAGCGCCAUUUGGACGGCACCGUACUCAUCCGCCCAGGCGGUGGUGGCGUGUUUGAGCCGCUCGCGCGGCCGGACCUCCUCAUCACGGAUGCGGAGAGGACAAACGUGGUGAGCAGUCGAAGGAAAGAUAGGGAUGCGGCGUUGAUAGAUACUAUCACGGCCGCACUUGCUCGCCGGUCCUCGCUCUUCAUGCCUUGCGAUUCGUCGACGCGUCUGCUUGAGCUGCUCGUCCUCCUUGACCAACACUGGGCAUAUCAACGCUUGCGAUACCCGAUAUGUCUCCUAUCGCGAACAGGUCGCGAGAUGCUAACGUUUGUGCGAGCGAUGAUGGAGUGGCUAGGAGGCACGAUCAGCAAGGAAGACGUAGGCGUAGGUGAGGAUGGGCAAGGCGGAGGCAAGCAGGACAAGAGGCGGAGGCGGGUUAAUGAUGAUGAGGAAGGCGAAGAUGCGCUGGGUGCCCUAGCCUUGCGGUUCAGGCAUCUCGAGUUCUUCCCAAACCCUCAAGCGUUGCUCAACACUUACUCGUCCAAGGAUCCCAAGUUGAUCCUCGCCGUCCCAGCAUCGCUAUCGCACGGCCCCUCGCGGGCGCUCUUCAGCACCUUCGCCGCGGUCCCGGACAAUGUAAUCAUAUUGACACAGCGUGGCGAAGAGGGCACGCUUGGGAACGACUUGUUCAAGAAAUGGAACAACUCGCAGCGGGCGGAGCAUAAGUGGGACAAGGGCAAAAUCGGCAGCAACGUGAUGUUGGACGGCAAUAUGAUCUUGAAGAUGAACUCCAAGGUUCCGCUUCAAGGCGAUGAGCUCGAGGCGUUCCUGGCGAAGGAACGCGCCGCGAUGGAGAAGGAAGCGGCAGAGAAGACGGCAGACGACUUCGAGCAACAGCGCAUGCUCGAGGCCGACGAGGAGGACACGGAUACGGACGAGGACUCGGAUGACGAAGACGAGGUGGAGCGCUCGCUCGCCGCCGAUGUUGCGGAGGCCGAGCCGGACCCCGACGCGCCCGCUGGCGGCGCAUUCGCGGAGCCGGGUGGUCAAAGUCGGCGGAGCAAGCGCGUGCGCGGUGUGGACGAUGCCGACUGGGGGCUCGAUGCCGACGAGGGCCUCAACCGGCAGGUGCUCUCAUUCGACGUUUAUAUCAAGGGCAACGUCUCCCGCGCAGCCUCGUUCUUCAAAAGCGCGGACGGCCAGAGCCAGCAGCGUUUCCGCAUGUUCCCGUACAUCGAGAAGAAGCGGCGCGUGGACGACUACGGCGAGUUGAUUGACGUCGGAAUGUGGCUCCGGAAGGGCAAGGUGUUUGAGGAAGAAGCAGAGAGUAAUGAAUCGAAGGAGCUGAAGCGUAACCAGGCCGAGGAGGAGGCCAAGGUAAGUGCUUUCGAAGAACCGCCCUCGAAGUUCGUGUCCUCAGAAGUGGAGGUACAGCUUGCAUGCCGACUUCUGUUCGUCGACAUGGAAGGUUUGAACGACGGACGCGCUGUGAAGACCAUCGUUCCUCAAGUGAAUCCGCGUAAAAUGAUCAUUGUGCAUGCACCGACGGAGGCUACAGGGAGUUUGAUAGAGAGCUGUGGCAAUAUCCGUGCCAUGACCAAGGAGAUCUAUGCUCCUGAACUUUUGCAAAGUGUCAGCAUUGGCCAGCAGACAAAUAGCUUCUCAAUCUCCCUCAGUGAGGAUCUCAUCACCUCGAUCAAGAUGUCGUCGUUCGAAGACAACGAAGUGGGCUACGUGACCGGACGUGUUGCCAUACACGCCGGAUCCGCCGUACCCGUGCUCGAGCCUUUGGCAGGCUCUGCCGCUACGAGGAAGACUAAGACUCUUCCCGCUCGGCCAGGCGUGAUUGGCAUGCGCGCCCCCAUCGAUUUGCCCCGCUCCACGUUGAUCGGCGAGCUGAAGCUUACGACCCUUAAGUCGCGAUUGGCGUCCGUGGGGAUCCGGGCCGAGCUCGUCGGCGAGGGUGUGCUGAUUUGUGGCAAGCGCCGUAGCGCAUCAGAGCCCCUGGAGGGGACUGUGGCCGUGCGGAAGAGCACCCGAGGGCACGUAGAGCUGGAGGGCACAGCGUCGGAUGUGUAUUACAUUGUUCGCAGAGAGAUCUACAAGCUGCACGCUCUUGUUACAGCAACCUGA